AUGACGGACUCACAAGCCAUAAAGGCCCGUGGCAGCACGGAUGCAGUCAGCACUCACAACAAACAUGACAGCCUCAUGCACCCCAUUUCCCAGUCGCACGCCGACCUUGACCAGGAGCAUAAACACGAACAACCGCAAGGCAUUUCAACGUCGUCCGAUGCACCAAGAACAAACGACUCGACGCAACAGCGCCUGCCCUUGCAGCCGCUGCAGCUUGGUCAUGACCCUGGCCAAAUAAAAGCUCAUGCAGAGGCAAAUGGCUCUAACGACACCGAACAGGUCAAAGUGAAGGAAAUCGAUGUGGUUGAUGGUCCUACGCUACGUCGGCUGUCCUGGAGGGAAAAGCUCGGGCUCUUUGCCCUUCUUCUCUUUCCCAUCGGCACCGUCAUCCUCCUGGUCUGUCUCGGCAUCCUUUGGUUCCUGUGGCUGGGCGGCAGUGCCGGGAGUGGACUAUGGCAUGAGAUCACGGCGCGGGACCGGCUGAGCGAGAUAGUCAAUAUCAUUGCCGAGGUCAUCAAGGUCACCGUCAACUUCCAGGUCGGAACUGAGGUCGCCAUGAUCGCAAGUCUCGCCAUGGAGCGCUUUGACGUGCUGCUCCCACACGCCGCUUCGCUCUCUAUGAUGAAGGCGUGCGCCAGCAGCGGCACCGUCUUGGUGCUGCUCAAGUACCAGUUCAGAGCAAUGACCAAGAGCACUGGCGGAGCCGGGACGACAGUCUCCGUCUUCGUAAUGACCGCCACCCUAUCGGUGGUGUUCGGUGUCACCCAGGUGUUCUCCAUUCUACUCAUCAGCGACACCGCCGUCCUGGCUAUCCCUGGCAUUCCCGCGACGGCCAGUCUAACCGUCGGAAGCAGCGACGCCCGCGCCGUUGCGAUAAGAAUUCUCCAGAAUAUGGACAACACGUGGCUGCGCUCCCCCGCUCGAUAUCCCACCUUUGCCGAAUACUCGGAGCCGCCGUACGCGGCUGACGGCGUCCUAGACACGGGCGUCACGCUCCGGGCAUUUCUGCCCUUUUCGGGCGCCGGAAAUCGGCAGCUCCUCCAGUCCUACACCGGCACGGCUACUGUGCUGGACGCGCGCGUCACUUGCCAGCGGCCGAGGUUUUCAAAUCUAACGGUAGACGCCUCGAAGCAGCCCGGCUACCUUCGGCUGAGCGGCUGGGUCUCGCCCACGGUGAUUACGCCGCGGAUGGUGCCCCUCGAUAUAUUCACAGACGGCCGAGGUGGCAACCAGACCUUCAACGGCACGAUUUACUUCCCGGGGGCGGUGGUGCCGCUGCAAAACAAUGACGACGACUUCGCGGCUCUAUCCAUCUCCAGUCUCGACGUCGAUCUGUUGAUCAGCGAGUUCAGCGAGCUCACAGGAGUGAACACGAACCCCUACUACGCGGGAGUUGGUUAUCUCGUGCUCAACGUCUCGCAGGGAACCAUGCACGACUGGUCGUUUGAUUUCCCCUACAACGACACGGCCGCUAGGCUACACCCGACCCUGACGAACCGGUCCGAGUGGCUCGACAUCGGCUUCGCAGACGACUCGCUGGUCGUCAGCGCCUCGCUCUGCUACAGCCCCUGGGACCAAGCCAACGUGCCCGUGCAAAUCUCCAGCAAGCACAACAACAGGUCCGAGUCGGCGCCGAGCUACGACUGGGCCACCGGCGCCUACACAUUUGACUUCCUGCGCAAGCUCUACGGGCAGAACGGCAUGCUGAAGCCCUACCAGCGCGGGAUCCUGGAGAUGCAGAACCAGUCCUGGACGCAGAACCAGGACACAGCCACGGUUCAAAGUGAUAAUACAUCGGCCCCUACCACCGCCUCCACAUCGGCGUCGCUGCGGGCACUCUCGAAACUGCUCGGCUCCGCCAUGCUGGGCGGCAUCUACAACUUCGUAGACCUUACCCAAUCGCACCAAUUCCUCGCGCCCUUUGACAGCAUGGUCUUCCCGCUCGACACCUACGUGUCACUUGCGCACGAGAUUAUCAAGACCACCCAAGGAGGAGGCGGCGGCAGUGGCAUCGCGUUCAUGCUGCAGAGCUUGAUCACGCUCAUGAGCAGCAUGACGUACUACGACAUCCUCAACGCUUACGACCUACAGGAACCGGUCCAGGUCACCUACUUCGUGCCGGCGACGAUGCCGGACGUGGGCGCGGGCCUAUGGACCGUGACAGCGGUGCUGGGCGUGCACCUGGCACUCAUGGCCGUCGUGCUGUGGCUGUUCCUGCGCCGGACCACGCACUCGCGGCUGGGCGCCACGUGGGCGGCCGUGGCCGCGCACAUGCAGGGACUGGGAUCCGCGUCGGAAGGAGAGGGAGAAUUAGGAGGAGGAGUUGGAGCUGUGGUGGGCAGGUGUUUGGAGGAUGCGGCUCGCGGCGAGGACGAUGACUGUGUCGAGCGGCGGAUGCGGAGCGAGGGGGUGGCGAAUAGGAGAGUCGGGACGAGAGUGGUGGGCUGCAAGAUCGAGGUCGCCCUAAAGGAGGACUGA